CCGCCUCUUCCCCGGCCUCGCGCUCUAAGCUCCGGCCACGCCCGAGCCGGAACCGGAGCGGAAGACCGAUGAUGCAAACGAGGGAGCAGCAGCGGCGGUGGGUGAUCCUCGCCUGCAUCCCGCGUGUUGUCCCUGACGGAGAGGCCUCCCCGCCGGCCACCGACUUCUCCUUCCAGUGCAAGGCCCCGCCGGAGCCUUGCUGUCUCACCGUGCCCCGGUGCAUGGCCCCCGACCCCAAGGACAUCGAAAACCACCCCUACGUCGCCGCCGUCAGCGAUCACGGCCGCUUCCUCCUCUACGCCACCUUGGGGAACGACGACCUGGUCCCAGGGGAGCCGCCCUUCGUCGACAGGUUCCACAGCGAGCCGCUAGGCCUAGUCGUCGUCCACCAGGGCUACAGGCCCCAAGCCUACUUCCUCUGCGAGACUGCGACCUCCAGACCCUCGCGGCCACGCGCCUCCCGGACCACGACCCCGACCCCGACCGCCCCAUCCUCCAUCCCGGCAACGUCGGCCUCGUCAGCUACAUCCCGCUCCAGCCCAGGAUCAAGCCUGACGACCCUGUCGUUUCCGUGGUUGUCGAGCUCCGGCCCACGACCGGCGAAGACCACGCCGCCCUCAUCUGGUACGCGUCGUGGACCAACAGUUGGUACGUCUGGCACGACUACCCUGCUCCUGCUCACCGGAAGUGGGGCGGCCACCGCGUGAUCACCCCUGCGGAUGCUCCGGACUCUCCGAGACUCACCUGGGUGGAUCUCUCCUGCGGGCUUCCUCACCUGCCACAACUUCUUCGAAAGAAACGAGGGACCUGAACCGCCACUGCGCUUCAUCCCGCUCCCGGACGGCUGUGAGGAGCGGGUCGGCAGGGCGGACCUCGACAAGACCCGCUGCGUGGGGAUGAGCGCCGGGAGCCUUCGGUACGUGCAGAUCCACCGGCGCGGCGCCGACCCGAUCGUCAGCAUGUGGACGCUGCUCGAUUGGGAUGAUGCCAGGUCGUGGCGUCGCGACAGCACCAUCUCCUUCAGCCUGAUCUGGGCUGACUCGGGGUACAGAGCUAUGGAGCUGCCGGAGGUUGUCCCCACCGGGUCCCCUGCCGGAGCUACGGACCUGCUGCCGGAUGAAGUCCCCGCCGUCGCGUUCAUCGACCCCGACCACGGCCACACGGUCUACUUCCUGCUGCGGUCACGGCUCUUCGGCGUGGACGUGAGAACGGGCAAGUUCCUUCGCUGGCAGCACUUCAAGAUGGACCACCCGCCGAGUCGUUACCACUCAUCCCGAUUCGUCCGUCUUUGGAAUCUAUCACAGGAGAUUUUCAACAAUGCCUGUCUUCAAGCUUACACGGUUAAAAGAGAUCUGCACCAAGUGGUUCCCCAAGUGGUUUUGCGACAUCCCGAGACGCAGGCAAGUACGGACAAGAGAAGACUGGAAGCACCUGAGGAGGACCAAUCUGAGAGCAGUAAAAGAGGGAGGAAGUGACUAUGGGAUUUGGGAAUGGGUGUCAUCAGAAACUGCUGUUUGUUUGAUUUCGCAUUUGGUUGUGGUGGCCCUGCCGGUGGAUCUCUGUAAUUUUGUGCUUCAAAACCUUGCUUAACUCUGACCUGGUAGGUUUGUGGGUGACUGGUGAGUUCUUGCCGUUGCGUGCAGCAAGUUUGUCAAAAUGUCUAUGUGGGGUGAACUCGGUCUUUUGUUCCGUUGAAUUUGUUGAUAGUGGAAGGCUGGUCUUGAGAAUGUAUGGGAAA